AUGUUUCAGGCAACUGCUGUUUACAAGGUUGCAUCUAUUGCUUCACAAAGUGGUGUGCCUGUGAUUGCUGAUGGUGGAAUUUCCAAUUCUGGACACAUUGUCAAGGCUUUGGUCCUUGGGGAUUCUAUUGUCACGAUGGGAAGCUUCUUAGCUGGAAGCACUGAGGCUCCCGGGUUUUUGUGUAUCAGGUAUGUCUGGGACUUACUCAUGUUUUUAUUGCUGGAACAGGGGGUUGUCGGGGCAGUUGCAGACAAAGGUUCUGUUUUGAAGUUCAUACCAUACACAAUGCAAGCUGUGAAACAAGGUUUCCAAGAUCUUGGUGCUUCUUCAUUGCAGUCUGCUCAUGGCCUCUUAAAAUCAAGUGUUUUAAAGCUAGAGGUAAGAACAGGAGCAGCACAAGUAGAAGGUGGAGUUCAUGGUCUGGUUUCUUACGAGAAGAAAUCGUUUUGA